CAGUCGCUAACAUGAUGUGGCAAAACGAUGCUCGUUACCAGGCCCUCCUCGUCUGACGACCAAAAACGACGACGGCAAGGGCCCCCGUCGCGAAAAAACCGACGCCGGGCGUCCGAACGAAUUAUGUAAUAAACACGACGUCGCGGCGACUCUCGCAAGUGUGAACAGUACAAAAAAAAAACAAACCAGGGCGAACGUAAACAACCGCCGCUCGAAGGAAACCAAGUAGGCUAAGACGACACCGAAGUUCGUUUAUAAUAAUCAUAGAAUCCGACACCCGACCAAAACCGAUGUUAUUUAAGUUAUCUGUGGAACACGAUCUGACAAAGGCUGUGCUGACGACGAAAAAACAACGCUUCUUCUUCUCCAACCCACCAUCCUCGUAUAACGAAACGAAAAAAAUAUAGAGAAAAGAAAACGAAAAAUCGAAUACAAAGAGUGAACCCAAAAUGGAAUCGCCGGAAAUAGAGGAACUGACGCUAUGCGGCUUCUGCAAGAAGAAGUUCAACGACACCGACCAGAGCCCGAAGCUCCUCUCGUGCAAGCACUACUUCUGCCUGCAGUGCAUGAGGACGAACCUCAGCAAGAGCGCCAAGGAACUGUACUGCGUGUACUGCUGGAAGAAGACGGACCUGGGCGAGCUGGGCCCCGAAAGCCUGCCCACCCACAAUCCGGUCCUGUGCCUCACCAAGAACUUCUCGCAACUGAAGCUGUUCUCCACCAACCCGACCAGCGGCGGCAGCAGCGAGAAGACCACAAAGGUGAUAUCGGAGAACUGCCACACGCACGCGAUGCCGCUGGCUCUGUGGUGCACGACAUGCGCGUCGCCCGUGUGCAGGGCGUGCGCGACGACUAGCGACCAUUCGAACCAUCAGAUCAAAUCUCAGAACGACGCCAAAGACCAGCUCAUCACCGAGCUACAAGUCGACCUGUCCUCGAUGACCAAGAUGCUCUCCGAAAUACAGAGGCUGGCCUCACAGCAGCGCGAAUUCCUGCUGAAGGUACUCGAGGCCUGCGUCACGCUCAAGACGCACGUAGAGGCCGACCUCACCAACAACGUGGCCCACUUCGAAGUUACCGAGACCAGGGAGAACCUGGCCAAGCUCAGACUGAACCUGUCGAUGGCCGACACGCUCACCGACGUGCACAACCUCUGCGCCAACGUCAACAUGGAGAAGCAGCGGUUCCAGAUGCGCUACCAAGACAUGUACCUACAAUGCCAGCUCGACGACCUCAUCCGAAACUCCACGGUGGUCCUCGACUACCCGCUGCUGAAGCAGGCGGUGGGGAACAUCCACAACGGCGAGGUGGCGCUGCCCGGCAACUCGAGACUGCUGACACCGCCCCAGCAGAACCCGAUCCUGUUCCUGGCCAACUACUGCAUGUCGCAGCUCUACUCCAGGCACAUGAUGGCCAAGAACGCGGCGAACAACGGUCUCGACUACCACAACCACAACACGCUGCAACCGACGCCGCCGGUGGUCAACUACGUCAACCAGAACCCGUUGCACCAGCACCUGGUGCUGCCGCCGCCUAAGGGAGUGUACGCUGACAACAGCGUCAUCAUCCAGAACCUGGUGCACUCGCCGCAGAUGCGCAACCCGGUGAACAUGUGCCCCUUGUACUACUUCAACGUGGACGUGAACGGACAGCCUCUUGGGCGUAUAGUUAUAGAGGUUAGGGCUGACGUGGCGCCCAAGAUGGCGAAGAACUUCGGGCUGCUGACGACAGGAGAGGCGGGCAUGGGCUACAAGGGCUGCCAGAUCUUUCAGUGUUGGGAAGGCGAAAGCGUCAUCACCGGAGACUUCGAGCUCAACAACGGACGUGGCGGCAGGUCCAUCUUCGAGGACUCCUACUUCCUGCCGGACGACACCAAACUGCUGGCAGUGAGAGGCACGGUUGGAAUGAGACGCACCCAGAAGCGCCACGACAACAUGGGCAUGGUGGGAUCGCAGUUCCGCAUAAUACUGCAGGAGAUGCGGGGAUUCACCGGUAUAUUCGGUCACGUGGUCGAGGGUUUAGAGCUAGUCGAGAAGAUAAGUACGUACGGCGACACGACAGGUAAACCCACGAAGACCAUUCUCAUAGCCAAAUGCGGGAAAUUGUAAGUCCACCGGAACGGGAGGUUUCAUCGUUCGAACAAAAAAAUGUAAGCGAGGCUCCAGAUUUCCAACUGCCUAUAGCGGUGGUUUCCGAAUCCGAAAAUACCCAAUCGGGAUUACAAUUUUUCCUCAGAGCGACAAAAAAUGUAAGCAUCGUGAGUAAAAUGAACGAAACGUAUCCCAACUCCAAAUAGUAAGUCCAAACCUCAAAGGCCCAUUCGGGCUUACAAUUUUUCCUCGGUGAUUAUAAAAUUGUAAGCAGCUUGAGUGAAAGUCUAAAUAUCAAUAUAUGCCAAAAGCUUACAAUUAUUUUCAGGAUGAAAAAUAUUGUAAGUAUCAUGCCGUUGCAACUAGAAAUCGAUAUUAAAUACAACUGAGAGUCUAACUCUACAAAGUGCUUACAAUUUUUGUAAUUAUUCGGUAAAAAUUGUAAGUAUCGUACGUGAAAUGCUUAAUAUGCGGCAAACGUUUGUAAUAUUCGAAUGGCAAGUCCAAAUUUCGAACCCUUACAACCUUGCUUACAAUUUUCACGUAGUGAAAUUGUUCAUAUGGUGAUGCGAACGAUGAAACCUCUCCUUAAAUACCCCCAGUACUGACAUAUCGGAUAAUCGUAAAGAAAUCAUUUGAAAUAAAACGUAUUUAACGCUAUGGGAUCUCAGGUGUUUUCGCGAAGCUUUUCAAAGAUGAUUAAAAAAAAAACUAUAUAGCGGAUCUGCCAAACAUGAAACUUUCGUCGUUUUAAAAAUAAUCGUUUAGUAUCGAUGUUGAAUCAAACCUGUGCUUAAAUAUAAAUUCUACGAGAGAAUUUCGAAGAGAAAAAAAAAAUGUACAAAAAUAUAUCGAUGUUUAUAUAAAAAAAAAUUAUAUGUAGCUUAUGCAUAAAAAGUAGUGAAAUAUUAUGAGGGCGAGGUUCGAGAAAUUGAAAUAUAAAAAAAAUUGUACAUUCAAAUACCCGUCUUAGAAGUGAGAAAGAUCGUAUUCCGAAAGAACCUAUAUUUUCUUAAAAUGCGUGCAAAAAAUUCUAUCGAAGUUAGAUUAGCGAAAUAUCGGACAGAUUUUACACUUUUAUUUUUUGUUUGUUUUAAAGACAGAGGUCUACGUAUGAAUGUACAUUAAAUGACGUUAUAUUUUAAAUUAGUUUUUGGGAAAAGGGUGGGUAAAUAUCGUUAAAGCUGAGAAGUAUAGAAAAUAUCAAAUUGUCCCUAUUUUUUCAAAAAAAAUCUCCCGAUACCUAUUUUUUGUAAGCAGAGUAAAUUUGGAAUCGUAGUGGAUAGUGGUGAGCUUGAAAUUUCGCAAAGGGCUCCAGCCCAUGUACAAAAAAAUGAAAUUUCAGGUUUGCCCAUUUUUUUUUAGGCAGAAAUAUAAUUUUGUAAGCCCGUUUGGAACGUAUUGAGACCGUUUUUUACGCCCUGCUACCAAAAAAGGCUUCCCGGCUAUCAGUUUCUGAGCAAUUCAGGGCUUCGUAGGCAUUUCACAGUCACGAUAAGUGGACACAGACUGACUCAUAGAAGAUUUACAUUACACAAACACGUGAAACAAUUCUAGUGUAAAAGGAAACGCAAGAAACGAUAGUUGGAGAAGCCUCACCAAUGUUUUUAUCACAUACAGAAAGUUAGAGCCAAAGCUUUUUGUAAGACACUUUUUUAUAUAUGACCUUACGAUGUUCAUAACUUUCGUUUGUAACUUCUCCUUCAAACUUAAUCUUUAGAAUUCGCAAAUCGAUCGAAAAUUUACGUGUAAUUUAUAUUAUUAGGGUUGGUAAAUACACUUGAUUAAAUUGAAUUUACCAAUACAGCGAUAAGUUGUUGAACGUGUUUGAGAAUUUUAUUCAUGUUUAUCUUUUUAAUUAUUAUCUCUAUUGUAUGAAACAGUUUUAUAUUUUUACCUCGGGUAAAUAUUAUUAUUUUUAGAGAGAAAUUAUGCGCAAAUGUGAACGAAUUUUUUUUAAAUAGAGGAGUGAGGACGUUUAGCGCUAUUCAAUGUUAUUUUUAAUGAAUAAACAAUUUAUUUUAACGUUGAAGUUAGUUUUCAUUUGUUUACUAACUACCAUUAUCGAAUUAUUAAUAUCAUCCUGAAAAUCAUUUCGAACUACAUCAUACACUUAAACAAUUGUUAGUUAAACCCCAAAUUGAUUAAUUUUUUUUAAGAUUCAUUUAAAUUGUUAAAAAAAAAUUCAACACAUAUCAGAAACGUUUCUGAAAGCAAAUGGUUGUAGUAGUUCAUUGUUUUGGGCUUUAAAAGUCCCAAUAGUGAGAAUGCUUAACACACAUACAUCCUUAAAUAUGAAAUUUCGAAUACAAAAUUUUCGUACUUCCUUCAACAAUAAAAAAGUCCGUCGAAAACAACGAACUAAACAAAAAAAAUUUCAUCUAUCGAAUAGUGUAACGACAAAAUUUCAAAAUCAGCUCGGAGAAAAUGAACGAGGACAGCGUGAAAUUUCGUAAAAAAAUUGAUGCAAAAAAAUUGAAAUGUGUGAAUUUAGCCUAAAUGUGUUAGAAGUUGAAAACGUAAAACACAAUUCGCCUGAUUGUUAAGUCUAAAUGUCAGAAAUAAUCGAUGUAGAGUUACAUGGACGUUUUCGGUAUGAUGUUGGUAGCAUUGACAAGAAACAGAAAUACAAUAAUAAAAAAAAAAUCAUCCAACUCAAUGUUUUUAAUCCAUCAAUUCAAAGAACACCUCUAUUGCUACCAAUAUCGAAUCGAACAAUGUUUUGAAAAACAUUAUAGUCAAUAGUUCUUGUACGUUAGUGAAUUAGCUAUAGAACAAACGCAUCAACAUGGUAUCAGACAAAAGGAAGAUAAGCCACUGAAGGGAUGCUCCAUGCAUCAAAAGUUACAGACCGUCAAACCUCAAAUAUUAGAUCGCUAACUGACACCAUGUUUUUGCAGACCGUAAACAUUCGACAGGAAAAAAAAAAACAGAAUUAUUGAAGAGAAACAAAUUCUACCCUUUUAAUGCGAAAUAUAUGUAGCCAGUGUUUGUGCCUUUUACCUGACUAAAUAUUUGUGAUAACUAAGUACCUACCACUUCAGGUUAGUUUUCAAAAUAUAUAACUUUCCGCAACUGUGA